UAUAUACUUUUUUCUAGUUACGGUAAAUACUGAAAUAAGAAAUUUUAUUGAACUAAAUCCUAGAGCAAUAAAAGAAUACUGAAACAGUAAAAAAUGCUGUUUGAUGAAGAAGACUGGAAAGAUGAUAACAGAGGGAUAGACUUGAAGACCUCACUCUUUGAUGGGCGACAUGAUACCGCUAUAGAUUUAAAACAAAUUAAUACAGUUCCUAAUAGAAGAAAACGAAAAAAAGUUAAAAAGUCAAGUUGUAGUGUCAAGUCAGUUAUACCAACAACAGAAUGCAGUGAAUUCAGCCCAAAAAAUGUAGAAUUAAGCAAAUCGCCUCCAGAAAUACACCAUGUAAGAAAAGUGAAAAGCAGAAAACGUAAGAAGAGAGAUCCAUGUAAUACAUUACAGAAUCAGAAUUUGCUACUAAACAACUUGAAAGAUGUUGAUGAAGAAUCUUCAAACAAAAAAGACACACUGAAAACUACCACUCCACUAAUCGUACCUGAUAAAAUGGAUCGGAAAAGAAGAAAAUUAUCUGAAAUGCUGGGUAUUGGCCUUGUUAAGUUCGAAAAACCUUGUAAAGAAAGAAGUUCGUCAAGGUUUCAACAAAAUCAGCUGAAACCAGUCACUAGCAAUACAAAAAGUGAACCACAUUCUACUGCCAUCGAUAAAAGAUCUGAUGAUUUGAGAAAUACUGUUACAUCUAAGCUGGAAUCUUCGCAAUUUAGAUUUAUAAAUGAGCAGUUAUAUACUCGAACAAGCAAGGAUGCAAAACAACUGUUUACAAGCGAUGUAAAAUCAUUUCAGUCAUAUCAUGCUGGUUUCAAAAAGCAAGUAUCGAAGUGGCCUGUGAAUCCUUUGGAUCUUAUCAUAAAUUAUUUGAAAAAAAGACCUUCAGAUUGGGUCAUUGGGGACUUCGGAUGUGGUGAUGCAAGACUUGCUGCAAGCAUUAAAAACAAAGUUUACUCGUUUGAUUUGGUUGCUGUAAAUACUAGAGUCACUGUUGCGGAUAUAUCUCAGGUUCCACUACCUAAUGGAAGCAUUGAUGUUGCUGUUUUAUGUUUGUCACUUAUGGGAACAAAUUAUGUAGAAUUCCUCAUGGAAGCAAAUAGAACACUUCGUCACAAGGGGGUUUUAAAGAUUGCAGAGGUGGCAAGUCGAUUUACAAAUAUUUCUAAAUUUGUUAUGUUGAUGAAAAAAUUAGGAUUUGAGUUGGAACGUCAGGAUCGAGAAAAUUCUCAUUUUUUAAUGUUUGAUUUUCGUAAGAUAAAAUCUCCACAAUCUCAUAUAAAACCAAGCUCGGAAAUCCUGAAACCAUGUGUGUACAAAAGAGAUGAUAUUUGUCCACUGAACGGGAUUCAUUGCGAGUUAUUAUGGAGCAAUUUUCUUUGAAGAAUAAACGGCAGGUUCUUGAUUCAGAUGCAUUUAUCAAACUUAAAUGAGAUAUCUGAAAUUGUCCGAGACUUUCUCUGUUUGUUGCUUUGUCUGAUAUAACAGUAAUUUUCAAAAUUUGAUAUUGAUACUAAUAAAAAGCGCUGAUACCGAUACGCAGCUAUGUGAAAUUGCUGAUUUUCCAAUAACCUGCGGCCUGAACAUUUCAACUAAAAGAAAAGAUAUCCAAAAACACGGUAACGCGCAACUUCAAAUUCGUAUUUGCGAUGCAAAUGCAUAAAUGGCGAGUCACAUGACUUACCACCAUGGUUUUAUUAAAAAACCUGAAUUAACUGCAUUUUAACUUUUUAUGUCUGUAUGCAGAGACGCUCAGCACUUGCCAACAUUUCGUUGUAAACAAGUGCUAGGAUUCGCUGAGCUAGCUUAGAACCCUCAAAGCAAGUUAUCUACUAAAUACAUGUUGAGUGAAAUACAAAUAUAUAUAUACAU